AUGGCCUCUGUUCCCCAGAAUAAUCUACAGGAGCAACUACAGCGCCAUUCAGCCAUCAAACUUAAUAACAAAUUAAGUCCUUCUAAACCGAGAUCUUUAGGUUUUACUUUUAAAAAGAAAAUAACGACGGCCAGCAAUGUAUCUGUCACUAGUGUGUCAGUAGCGAAAACACCUGUGUUCAAUGAUAAAGAUGUUAAUGUCACUGAGGCCUUUUCCUUCACUGGACCUCCGCCCCUCACCACAAGUCAGCAGACAAGGCCCAGCGACUUCCAAAGUGCUCCAGCAGGACAGCAAACCAGGAGAGCUGUUUCAAAACCAUUAUUGCCAGAUGUGUUGCAGGUUUCACAGGGAGUCUUAUGUAAUACGCCAAACACACCAAUUGUAAAGAAAUCCAGUAAUGCUACUUUCAAGAAAUUAGAAUUUAGUUCUUCAUCAGAUUCCUUUAUUACCAUCAAUGAUUGGGAUGAUAUGGAUGACUUUGAUACUUCUGGAAAUUCAAAAGCAUUUGUUAUGCCAUGCAAAAAUCACUUUGUGAGAGUAAGCACUGCUCAGAAAUCAAAAAAGUCUAAGAGAAACUUUUUGAAAGCACAGCUUCCCGAAGCAAAUACAGGAAAGGCUGAUUUGACUCCAUCCUCCUCUGAAAGCAAGCAAGCAUGUUUGACUAAGAAACAGAAUGACGACUCGGAAUGGUUCAGUAACGAUGUGAUUUGCAUUGACGAUGACCCCAAUCCUGAAGAGCUUAUAUGUGGAGAUGCUCAGGAGAGUCAUCCUUUAAAAACUCAUUUAGGAGAAGAAAGAGAUGGUAGUGAAAAGAAGAACUUGGAAGAAAUGGAAUUACAUUCAGUUGAGAAGUCUCCAUGUGUUGAGCUUGACGAAGAUUAUUACGAUACAGACUUUGUCCCACCUUCUCCAGAAGAAGAAGUGAUUUCUGCCUCUUCUUCCUCUUUAAAAUGUUUCAGUAUGUUAAAGGAUCUUGACACCUCUGGCACAAAGGAUGGUCCUAGCACAUCCAAGGACUUGCUAAUGCCCGAGGGGAUGACAACGCAGCAGCCCACUCAAGAGACCAGCACAGACUGUGACGUUAGACAGACAAGUUUGCAGCAGCAGCUUAUUCACGUGAUGGACCAGAUCUGUAAAUUAGUCGAUACUAUUCCUGAUGAUGAACUGAAAGCUCUGGAUUGUGGGAAUGAACUGCGUCAGCAGCGGGACAUCAGAAGGAAGCUCCUGGCCGAAGCCGACUUUAAUACAAGGGACGCCAGUAUUCUUGCUUCAGGGUGGAGAUGCAGGCCUGACUCACCUGGUAGCCCUCCGGAGGGGAUGGCAUCUGUUUCUGCUCUCGAUGCAUUUCCAAAGGGCAAUUCCUGUCCUACAGGGAAUUCUGUUAAGGAGUUAAAUUUUCCACACCCUCCCUCACAUUCCAGUUCCACUAGGGAGUGUUUACUGGCUACUACCCCGGGAAAGACAGGAUUCUCAGCCACCACGAAGAAUCCCCUUGAAAGACCGUUAUUCAGUCCCCAUUUACAGAAGUCCUUUGUAAGUAGCAACUGGGCUGAAACACCAAGGAUAGAAAAAAGAAAUGAAAGCUCUUACUUCCUGGGAAAUGUUCUCACAAGCACGGCUGUGAAAGAUCAGAAUAAACGCGCUGCUCCAAUAAAUGACUUAGAAAGAGAAAUCCAGGCUGCCUGUGAUAUUGACACUUUUGACAUAGAUGGCUUUGAUGACGAUGAUGAUGAUGAUGACUGGGAAAAUAUUAUGCAUAGUUUAGCAGCCAGCAAAUCUUCCACAGCUGCCUGUCAACCUAUUAAGGAAGGUCGGCCAGUUAAGCCAGUAUCAGAAAGAAUUUCUUCAGCCAAGACAAACUGUCUUCCAGUGGCAUCUACUGCUCAAAAUAAAAACUCAGAGUCAAUUCAGAAUUACACUGACAAGUCGGCGCAAAAUUUAGCAUCCAGAAAUCUGAAACACGAGCGUUUCCAAAGUCUUAGUUUUCCUCAUACAAAAGAAAUGAUGAAGAUUUUUCAUAAAAAAUUUGGCCUGCAUAAUUUUAGAACUAAUCAGCUAGAGGCGAUCAAUGCUGCACUGCUGGGUGAAGACUGUUUUAUCUUAAUGCCCACUGGAGGUGGUAAAAGUCUGUGUUACCAGCUCCCUGCCUGUGUCUCUCCUGGUGUCACUAUUGUCAUUUCUCCCUUGAGGUCACUCAUAGUAGAUCAAGUCCAAAAGCUGACUUCCUUGGAUAUUCCAGCUACAUAUCUGACAGGUGAUAAGACUGACUCAGAAGCAACAAGUAUUUACCUGCAAUUAUCCAAGAAAGACCCAAUUAUCAAACUUCUAUAUGUUACUCCAGAGAAGGUCUGUGCGAGUAAUAGACUGAUUUCCACUCUGGAGAAUCUGUAUGAGAGGAAGCUCUUGGCACGUUUUGUCAUUGAUGAAGCACAUUGUGUCAGUCAGUGGGGACAUGAUUUUCGCCAAGAUUAUAAAAGAAUGAAUAUGCUUCGCCAGAAGUUCCCUUCUGUUCCAGUGAUGGCCCUUACCGCCACAGCUAAUCCCAGGGUACAGAAGGACAUCCUCACUCAGCUGAAGAUUCUCCAACCUCAGGUGUUCAGCAUGAGCUUUAACAGACAUAAUCUGAAAUACUACGUGUUACCGAAAAAACCCAAGAAGGUGGCAUUUGAUUGCUUAGAAUGGAUCAGAAAGCAUCACCCAAGUGACUCCGGGAUAAUCUACUGCCUCUCCAGACGAGAAUGUGACACCAUGGCUGACACUUUACAGAAAGAUGGUCUCGCUGCGCUUGCUUAUCACGCCGGCCUCAGUGAUUCUGCCAGGGAUGAAGUACAGCACAAGUGGAUUAAUCAGGAUGGCUGCCAGAUAACAUUCCAUGCAUUUUUACUUUGUUCUUUACCUCUUUUAGUGGAAAAAGAUGGAAACCAUCAUACCAGAGAGACUCACUUCAAUAAUUUGUAUAGUAUGGUGCAUUACUGUGAAAAUAUAACAGAAUGCAGGAGAAUACAGCUUUUGGCUUACUUUGGUGAAAAUGGAUUUAAUCCUGAUUUUUGUAAGAAAUACCCAGAUGUUUCUUGUGAUAAUUGCUGUAAAACAAAGGAUUAUAAGACAAGAGAUGUGACUGAUGAUGUAGAAAAUAUUGUCAGAUUUGUUCAAGAACAUAGUUCAUCGCAAGGAACAAGAAAUAAAAACCAUAUAGGUCCUUCUGGGAGAUUUACUAUGAAUAUGCUGGUCGACAUUUUCUUGGGGAGUAAGAGCGCAAAAAUUCAGUCGGGGAUAUUUGGAAAGGGCUCUACUUACUCACGACACAAUGCCGAAAGACUUUUUAAAAAACUGAUACUUGACAAGAUUUUGGAUGAAGACUUAUAUAUCAACGCCAAUGACCAGCCGAUUGCCUAUGUAAUGCUGGGAAAUAAAGCCCAAACUGUACUAAAUGGGCAUUUAAAGGUAGACUUUAUGGAAACGGAAAAUUCCACCAGUGUGAAAAAACAGAAAGCGUUAGUGGCAAAGAUAUCUCAGAGGGAAGAGGUGGUGAAGAAGUGUCUUGGAGAACUGACAGAAGUCUGCAAAUCUCUGGGAAAAGUUUUUGGUGUUCACUACUUUAAUAUUUUUAAUACUGUCACUCUCAAGAAGCUUGCAGAAUCUUUAUCUUCUGAUCCUGAGGUUUUGCUUCAAAUUGAUGGUGUUACUGAAGACAAACUGGAAAAAUAUGGUGCAGAAGUGAUUCCCGUAUUACAGAAAUACUCUGAGUGGACAUUGCCAGCUGAGGACGGUUCCCCACGGGGAAGCCCGGGCAGCCGCAGAGGCACCAGAAGACGCGCCGCCGAGGAGUUCGAUGAGGAAACACCUGUAUCUUCUCACUACUUCACAAAUAAAACCAAAAACGAAAGAAAGAGGAAGAGAAUGUCAGCCUCCCAAAGGCCUAAGAGGAGGAAAACCAGCUUUGGUGGCUCCAAGACCAAAGGGGGGUCCACCGUGUGCAGAAAGACAUCUUCUAAAAGUAAAUCCUCCAACAUAUUUGGACCCCAUUCCUCUGUGCAUGGUUCUCAAGCAGCAUCAGGAGCCACUAGAAAAUUGGGGAUUAUGGCUCCACCAAAGCCUAUAAAUAGACCAUUUCUUAAGCCUUCAUAUGCAUUUUCAUAACAACCAAAUCUCAAUGUACAUAGAUCUUAUUUCUUGUUUGUCAGCAUCUCACCAUCUGUGAAUAUAAAGCUGUUAGUUUUGUUAUACCAUUUAUAAUUUUUACACAUAACUAUUAAUAUUUAAAUAAAUGCUUGGGGUGACAGUUCUUAUUUUUAAAAUAAACGUUUUCUUUUGAAUAAGCAUGAUUUGCUACCACUGCAAGCCUUG